AUGGCUGCUCUGAACACCAUCCCCGCUGCGUCCUAUGUGGGCACCAUUGAUGGCAUCAGUGUCGUUUGGGGCCCAAACGCAAUUGCCAACCUACCUACAAACGCUGAAGCCUACAAAGUGAAAUUGAACGUAUUGAAGAGUGCCACUGAGAAAGUGGCUGUCGCGUGUGCUCGGAGGAUAGGGAAAACCUCUGUCCGUAUCUUGUAUGAGGCCAUACUCAAUCCGGGCUUUGGCCACAUUCAUGAGUAUCCUAAUUGUCUUGCAGGGGCUCGUUUCACGACUCGACCACCAACACCGCGACUGGUGAAACAAUGCCAGACCCAUGCCAUUGCUCAAUUUCCCUCAACCCAGGAGGUGCCAAGGCCCACAUUUACGUGA